AUGGGCAACAGUUUAGGAGGGAAAAAGACUGCAAAAGUCAUGAAGAUAAGUGGUGAAACAUUCAAGUUCAAGACACCGGUGAAGGCUGGAGAGGUAGUUAAGGACUAUCCGGGGCAUGUUUUGCUAGAAUCAGAGGCUGUUAAGCAUUAUGGUACUAGGGCAAAGCCGUUGGAAGCACACCACGACUUGGUGCCAAAAAGGCUCUACUUCCUAGUAGAGUUGCCAAAUACUCCAACCGAGAAAGUUCCAAGAAGGGUUCGUUCAGGGAUUAACAUGAGUGCUAAAGACAGGCUCGAGAGCCUAAUGCUCUCAAGGAGAUCAACAUCUGAUCUCUCGAUAAUGAAGCCUGCCAGCAUUGCCGCUGAGGAGGCAAAAAAUGGUGCAAUGACGAGGGUGAAGAUGAGAUUACCAAAGGCAGAAGUGGAGAAGUUGAUUCAAGAAAGUAAAGACGAGGCUGACGCAGCUGCUAAGAUUGUGGGUCUUUGCAUGGCAAACACUGCAGGUGGCAGCAAUAAUAGCUCUCGUGAAGUUGCACAAAACGGUCAAGAGAGUGAGUUGUUGCAGCAACAAGUUCAUUGGAACAGUGGCCAUGGGAGAGUCAGCAGUCAAGAUAUCAUCCAGGCACGUGAGAAGCGAGUGAGUUUCCUGCCAAUCAGUGAAGGAGAGAUGCAAAUAGCUGUGGCUUCUUAUUAG